CUGACCCGCUGUCAAAAUAGUUCGAUCUGUCGUGGCUUGUUUCGUGCACUGACUGACGUGGUUGGGCUAUAUUUGCAACAAAACUGUACAUUUAAUAUUAUUUUCAACGUUUCUGUUACCGAUAGUAUUUCAAAAAUGUUGAACAUUGCUACCCACAUGGAUUACGAAGGGCAAGGCCGCGCCGAAAAGCUAUCCCGUGUAAUCAUCACACUUUUCGGAGCAGUCGGACUUAUAUGGGGCUUCGUUAUACAGCAGUUCUCCCAGACGGUGUACAUUCUGAUCGCUGGCGUCCUACUGGCUUCGAUUCUGACCAUUCCACCGUGGCCAAUCUACCGUCGAAAACCGUUGAACUGGCAGAAACCUCGCCCCGAAUCUCAAACAGCAGCAAGUGGAUCUUCGGAGCAGGAAAGUACGAAAAAGAAAAGAAAAAAUUAAAAUAAAUUAGAACUUUAUUUCAUCGGAAAACAAUAAAAAAAAACUAAGUAUCGGUA